CUGCUGAAGAAGAGAUGCUUCGCAAUUCAUAGACUACGUUUACACGGCACAUGCACGGCACUUUUAUUCGAGUUUUGUAUAUACAGACGAGUAUAUUUAUAUAUAUCAAUAGUUUCAGUAGUCCGCCGUUCGGCGCCGUUCACCACGUUUGCGGUUGCGGCCAUGGUGGCAUUCGUCAUCCACCAUUAAACCAUUACUGUUUCGCCCGUGACGCCUGUACCUGUGACUGCGUGGAUUGUAACGCAGGCGAGACGUUGCAUUUAUAUUAAUUCACAACUUUAUUCCCGAAUCACGGUGUGAACGCACGCUUGGAAAAGACAAUUUUCGAAGGAAUCAAUCCGAAAUGCCGGUUGCUUACGAAAUAGGAUCAAGUUGGGCAGAUGAGGUAGACGAUGAAGGAGACACAUUACCGCCGCCAUCAGAAGUUUAUGAAAAUGGUUUUAAGAUACUAACCGAGUACAAGUUCAAUGAUGACAACAAAAAGGUGAAGGUUGUGCGUACAUAUAAGGUUGAAAGAAGAAUAGUAUCGAAGACAAUAGCGGUCAGGAAAAAUUGGGCGAAAUUUGGAGACUCUGCGGAUGAUAGACCAGGUCCCAAUCCAGCUACAACAGUUGGAGCUGAAGAUGUCUUCAUGCAGUUUAUAUCAAGCAAAGAGGAAGAAAAUAAAGUUGAGGAUGAUUCUUUGGACAAACUGAAGAGCAUGGGUGACAAGGGUAUCGUCAAGUGUCGUAAUUGUAAUGGUGAGCAUUGGACUUCAAAAUGUCCUUACAAGGACACUGUUUUGGCUGGUGGCAAAGUGCCGGACGACAAGAAACCUGCUCUGGGUCCGGGUGGAACUCCAAGCGCUAUAAGCGACAUAGGCAAAGCCCAAGGCAGCAAGUACGUUCCACCAAGUAUGAGAGAUGGAGGUAAUCGCCGUGGUGAUGCAAUGCAAACACAGCGUCGCGAUGACACCACUGCUAUUCGUAUUUCCAAUCUCUCCGAGUCUACCAACGAAGCUGAUCUCGAAGAACUCGUUAAGCCAUUCGGAUACGUUCAAAAACAAUUUCUUGCUAAGGAUCGCACUACGAAUCUUUGCAAAGGUUUCGCUUACGUGCAUUUCAAAACGAAAGCCGAAGCUGCUCGUGCUAUUUCUCAUCUCAAUGGUUAUGGAUAUGAUCAUCUUAUCCUCAGCGUCGACUGGUCCAAACCUCCUGCGCAACAAAAUUAAGUUCAACCGGCAGCUCUGCUGUUGAUACACGUUUUAUUAGUAAUUCAUUAUUAAUAAACCGUUGCACCGCUUUCACAAGAAUCGGUGUCAGUUCAUUGAUCCCCCUAAGUUCCCUUCGCUCCAAACCACAUUUCUCUUCAUUGAGAUUACUUUACUACAGAUUCGGGUCUUGUAUUCUUUGAUUCAAAUAUACAUAUAAAGGUGUUGAAUCGAA